AUCUAACCAAUCCACAAACCAAAGAAACCUUCCCAAAAUGAUGAAGAUCACGAUCGCCGCCCUCGCUCUGCUGGCCGUCGCCGUUGCUGCUUACGAACAUGAGGACUAUCAUUCGCAUCCCAGCUACAAGUUCGAGUAUGGCGUAAAGGAUCCUCACACCGGAGACCACAAGAGCCAGUGGGAACAUCGCGACGGAGAUGUCGUCAAGGGAGCGUACACUCUGGAUGAAGCCGACGGAACCAAGCGAGUGGUUGAGUACUCGUCCGACAAGCACAACGGCUUCCAGGCUCACGUCAAGCGAGUGGGCCAUGCUGACCAUCCGGCCGUCUAUGGACACCAUGAGGCUGGACAUUCGUACAGUCAUGGACACGUCCAUGGACAUGGCAGCAGCUACGCCAACGGCAACCUGUACCAGCAUCAUCACUACCUCAUACUCAACUCAAACGCCAUCAGUCAACCGACAGCAAAAGCUCGAUCUGCAGCUCACCAAUCCACAAACCAAAGAAACCUUCCCAACAUGAUGAAGAUCACGAUCGCCGCCCUCGCCCUGUUGGCCGACGCCGUUGCUGCUUACGAACAUGAGGACUAUCAUUCGCAUCCCAGCUACAAGUUCGAGUAUGGCGUAAAGGAUCCUCACACCGGAGACCACAAGAGCCAGUGGGAACAUCGGGACGGAGAUGUCGUCAAGGGAGCGUACACUCUGGAUGAAGCCGACGGAACCAAGCGAGUGGUUGAGUACUCGUCCGACAAGCACAACGGCUUCCAGGCUCACGUCAAGCGUGUGGGUCAUGCUCAACACCCGGAAGUGUAUGGACACCAUGAGGCUGGACACUCGUACAGCCAUGGACACGGUCAUGGACAUGGCAGCAGCUACGCUAACGGCAACCUGUACCAGCACCAUCACUAAAGAACAUUUGUGAAUAAAUGAAGUUGAAUUGCUAAGGA